UAUGGCAUGUGCCAACAAAUAAUAAUGGGAACAAUAUUGCUUAUUUUAGUUAAAUGUUUAAUUGCGUAAUAUUAGGCUAAUGAAGCAAAUGAGCUGAGGCAGCACCUUGUAAAAUAAUAUUUAAGGACGUAAGCACCACAGUAGGGGGUCAGUGCGGGUUUCGAGUGAGAGACGCAUAUAUCUUGUGAGCGAUUCAUAGAGACCCGUAUUUUUGUGUGUUUGUUUUAUGUAAAAUAAAGUAUUUCGUGAUAGUGUUAAUUGUUUAUAGAUCUUUUUGUGUGCCUUCGAGAGAUAGGUAUACUACAGUGGCGCCCAACGUCAUUCGUAAUCCACUACCCGAAUUACUUUUGAACAUUUGUGUUUUUGUUUGUUUUUGUGUUGAUUAAAUACAAGUCAUUUUUGUGUGUUUUACUUUUACACAUAUCGCGUUUUAAACUUUAUCAGAUUGAACUCUCACGGCAGGAAGACUACGACCAAUUGGAUCCACAAUUUUUGUGUUUUACACACUCGAGAUGUUUUUUAAAAUCCUCACAGUCGUUACAGUACUCAUCAACGCUAACGCAGAAGAAGAUAUAGCUGUAAUUUUAUCUCCCGGAGCCUUUUUUGACGAGGUACCAGAGGCCAUUCUAUAUGACAAAAGCAUUCCUCUAAUCUAUACACAGGAAUUGCAAGACGAUUACCCAGAUGACAAUUUGGAAAAUAUAAAAAAUAACUGGGGGGUUGAAAAAUACUGUGAAAAUAAAAACACAAACUACUGCAACAUUGUCAACCAAACAAUAGAUAUAUUAAGCACCAUAAAUAAAAACAUAAGAGAAAGCGAUACAAACACAUUAGAUUUAAAUAAAGGCCUAUUAAACAGUAGAUCAAAAAGGGGAAUUCAAUUUUUCGGGAAUUUAUAUCACUUCUGUUGUAAUGUCGCAACAGAAAAACAAUUAAAAACUUUUUACACAAAUGAAGAAAUGUUAGAUCAACAAAUUAACAAAUUUAAAAACGUUUUCGCAUCAGACCAUAAAGAUCUAACAAACAUAACUACAGAACUCAAUAAAUACACAAAAAAUACUAAAAACAAUAUCAAAUUAUUAAAAGAUAGUUUUUCAAAAUUUAUAAAUGAAGAAAAAAUAAAUAACUUACUAGAAAAAACAAAUCAGGAGAAUAUGAUUCAAGGUAUCCAAGAAAUAACAUACAAUUUAAUUUCAGUAAUUCUAAAAUUUACAAAUAAUGAAAGAGAUACAAAUAUUCAUUUACACUGUAAGCUACAUAAAAUUCCAGCAAGGAUCAUAAAAUCAAAAAUACUGUAUAACGACUUAAUAAAAUUAAUAAGGGCAAUCGAAAGAGAUGGAUAUGAAUUAACUAUACCAUUAGAACAUUUUCAUACAUAUUAUAACUUACCAAUUACCGAAUGUCAAUUUUCAAAAUCAAAAAUUCUAAUUAAAAUAAAAAUACCUAUCCAAGAAAAAUCUGCAAAAUGGAAACUAUAUCAAUACAUUCCAACUCAUUUUAAGUUUCACGAGUCUACUUGCAUUAUAUACUCAGAAAAAACAUAUAUAGCGAUAAAUACCAUGAAUGAUGAACACAGGAUAAUAUCAGGAAUCGGCCUACAACACUGUGACCCACCAAUCACGGACCUAUGUUAUAUUCCAAAAUUUUCAUCUGAUAUUACCCUUUCCCCAAAAUGUGUGGAAGCAAUCUUUAAAAACAAAAAAUUAGAUAUAAUUAAUCAAUACUGCUAUUUCCAGUGCAUUAAACAAUAUGAUGACGACUCUAUAAUAAUAAAACAAAUAGGAAUAAACACAUACGUCAUAACUAACCCACAACCUACCUUAAGCAUAAAAAAAGAAAUAUUGAAUAUAACCAAAACAGAAGAACUUAAAUUAAAUUACAAUCACCCAGGUUUAAUAAAAAUAACCUUUCCGUGUAACUAUGAACUAUUAAGAAAUGAUAUCAUUUUAAUACCAAAAAUGUACCCUUGCGAAACUAACAAUUUAAAUACAUACUCAGUCAAAAGGGUAUUACCAGUAUCAUGGACAAAAAUUAAAUCAUUAAAUAUAAACCACGAGAAUAAAAAAGAAAGUAUAUCCUUUUCAAAUUUGACGGAAAUUUUAAAUCAAAAUUGGAUCGAUGAAAUUCCUAACUUUCACGUAACAAAACAAAUACGAGACCCCGAAAAAUACUUUAAUGAUAUAAUGUUAAAAAAAAUACCACAACCACUUAUUGAUGAUUUCUUAGGUGACAUAAUUUAUAUAACAUGGUUAACCAUGCUUACCAUAAUAAUAGGGUUCAUAGGAUAUAAAAUAUACCCAGCUAUUAUCAAAAUAAACAUGUUAACCAUGCCCCCUCCUAUUCCACAAAGAUAAUUAUAUGAAGUUAAAUAAACAAAUAAUUAAUAGACUGGUUACACAUUAACAAAACGAAAUUGGUUAUAUAUAAAAAUCACAAUGUAAGACCAACUACAAAAUACGUUCGAACAUCAUAAUAUUACAAUAAAUGAAUAAAAUAUAAACAAUACAAUCUCCAAUACAUACUCAAAAAAAAUAAUCCAUUUCGCACAAAUAAAAUCAUUAUAAAUUAAUCCAAGAAGCUACUGAUGUUGUUACACUUAUAAAAUCAAUUUCACAAAAAUGUAAACAGUGAGAUGAAAAAAAAAAAAAAAAAUAA